AUCAUCAGGCUCGCCCCCUUCCCAUUGACAAUCCAUUUACUUCGUGUUCGCUUACGCUUGUUGUUGAGCGCUUACUUUAGGGAACCAUGGCUGAUGACAGAGAACCCCCACCGUUGUUCGAAAACGUCGACAUUAGCAAAAAUUACGAAGAUGCGAGUGACGAUAUUUUCAGUUCUGCCAUUGAUGACAUUGGUGGAUUAACCAUAUCGAAUAAUAGACCAUCUGGAUUGAAUGGUCAAUCUGAAGAGUCUCCUCAGCCGGAACAAGAUGAUGACGAUGAUGAUGAUGUUGGUGGUUUCUUGGACAGACCAGUUCCAACACCAGCUCCAAGAUCUGUAGUUGCCAAUGAUGCCAAAGAGCAAAUGGAGAGAGAUGGGGGUGACCAAUUCCUUGAAAUAAUUGUGUCAGAACCUAGUAAAAGAGGAGAGGGAAUGGGUUCAUUUGUUGCUUACAAAGUUAUAACAAGGACCAAUAUGAAACUUUUUAGAAAGCAACAGUUUUCAGUGUAUCGGCGAUUUUCAGAUUUUCUUGGUCUGCAUGAUAAGUUGGUGGAGAAAUACUUAAGAUCAGGACGCAUAAUUCCACCUGCACCAGAGAAAAGCAUGAUUGGAACAACUAAAAUCAAAAUGUCAAACCAAAAUGACCAACAAAGUUUGACUGGAGACUUUGUUGAGAAACGUCGCGCAGCCCUGGAAAGGUACAUGAAACGUACAGCUGCUCACCCAGUGUUGUGUGUUGACCCUGAUUUCCGAGAGUUCCUCGAGUGUGAGGAUGAACUUCCACGAGCAAACAGUACAUCAGCUUUGAGUGGUGCUGGGGUGCUACGUCUUUUUAACAAAGUUGGUGAAACAGUCAAUAAAAUCACUUUCAAGAUGGAUGAGAAUGACCCUUGGUUUGAAGAGAAGACUACCCAAAUGGAAAAUCUAGAUAACCAGUUACGAAAGUUACAUGGAAGUGUAGAAUCCAUGGUGAUCCAUCGUAAAGAUUUAGCUGUCCUUACAUCUUCAUUUGCUAAAAGCGCUGCUAUGCUGUCUAAUUGUGAAGAACACACUGCUCUUUCAAGAGCAUUGUCUCAGUUAGCUGACACUGAGGAGAAGGUUGAAACUCUUCAUAAUGAGCAAGCUAAUACAGACUUUUCCAUUCUUUGUGAACUUCUUAAAGAUUAUAUUGCUUUAAUCGGAGCUGUCAAGGAUGUGUUUCAUGAAAGAGUGAAAGUAUACCAGAACUGGCAGCAUGCACAGUUGAUGCUUAACAAGAAACGGGAACAAAAGGCAAAACUGGAGCUUUCUGGUAAACCAGAUAGGGGUAACACAGCUGGAGUAGAAGUUGUUGAGUGGCAAGCAAAGGUUGAAAGAGGUCAGGAGGAAUUUGAUGCAAUCUCUCAAAUGAUCAAGAAAGAAAUGGAACGUUUUGAAAUCAAUAGAGUGAAAGACUUCAAACAAACUGUUGUAACAUAUCUUGAAAAUUUAAUGUUACAUCAACAGCAACUAGUCAAGCAUUGGGAGGCAUUCUUACCUGAAGCUAAGGCCAUUGCCUAGUUCUGUAAUGACUCUCUUGAAAUGGUAAAGUGGACUACUGUUUGAAGCCUUGUAUCGUCAAGUGCUCAUUGAAUUUGGAUUGCAGGGUGUAUUGGAGGGUCUCAGUGUUGUAUCGGAUACUGGUAAUUUUGUACUUCAAUACAUUCAGACUUAAGGAAGCUGGGAGGACAGAAAUGAGCAAACGACUUAAGCAAACAUUAAAGAGUGACGGGUAUAGAGUUCUUUAUGUGAUAUCUAUUUUUAGUUACUCUUAUCUUCAAUUAAUCACGCUGUAUGUUAAAGUUUGUCUGUUAAUUUUAACGUCACCCAGACUUAGUCUUUUGUCUUCAACUCUGAACUAUAUCACUGAAGGGCCUUGCGUCAUAAUUUCAAUCAAGUUCUAAUUUUCUCAAUUUGAGGAAGUACCAUUCUGUUAUAUUUGGAAAUGUGAUAUUCUUUCUAUACCAGUGGCUUACUCAUUUUCUGUUCAAGUAUUAUAAAUAUUAUCUCUAUAUAAUAUAUAAAAAUAUAUAUUAAUAUAAAUUCAGACUGAUUUACUCUGAAAUUAACAAUGUAUGCCAAAUGGAGUUGUAGACCUGUUAAAACAAUCUCAUCUUUGUUUUUUGUAUCAAUGCAGGCAGAUCUCAUGUAAUGCUUGCUUUGAAUUUUAAAACCUCAAUUUGAUCGGAAGAUAUUGUUACCUUUUCAUCUUGUUAGACUGCAAUAUUUGGAAUGUGUGUUGAACGCAACUCCAAAAUUGAGAGACAGAUCAGUUUUAAGAUGCUCUUUCCAUCUCUUGUGCGAAAAAUUGUCCUAAGUUUCCAUUUGAAAUUAUUCGUUUUGUAUAACCAGUGGUCAUGUUAUGAGCUUUAAGAUAUAUAUCUAUAUAAAAAUAUGUUUCUUGCAAAUUGUGUUUUAUACUGUUUAAUGUGUUAUAUUGUACUAUUGUUACUUUUAUAGCCCUUCUUACUUUUAAAGUGGAAAAAAAAUUGUUUGUCAAAAUGUGAGGGGAACUUUUGUCACGUAUGUUUAUUUUUUUUAUUAUUUGCUAGUUAUCAUAAAAAGCCUAAGUCUACAUAGAAUUAUUUUGUAAUCACUUUGGGAGUUCAAAGAAUGGUGCCAGAGUCUACCUUUAAUCUGGAUUUCCCUAUUUAAGUCAGAGGAACAACCCAGUUUCUGUUCUGAAACGCUGAAUGUCUCCAAGGUCCUACAGUAGGUUGUGUCACUUGGGGUAUCGUGCUCUCAUUGGUUGACUGAUCGUGACGUCAGCGUCAGUUCGCUCGCGCCAAAUUUGAAAAUACCUGUUAACUCAAUUUUAUUUUAACAGUAAUUAACCGAACGGACUAUAAAAAUAUACCAUCGGUGUGGCAUAAACAAGGUGUGGGUAAACUUUGAAUGAUGAAUUUCAACCGGAUCGUUUGUUUGCGUACUGAUAUGUAACGGAUAAGAGUCAACCUAACCUCUCAUCCAAUAUGGCCGCCCUUCUGGCACCGGCGGCCGGCAGAUUCUGACAGAUGUCAUCCGUUUCAUAUCUCGCUACAGAACGACCAUCCAAGUCCAAACGUGGUGCAAUAUCUAAGUAGGGGACAAAAUAAUGAUAUUCUCGACAUUAUUUUUCCUUAAAAUGAAUAUUGUGAGUGAAAUUGUGUGAACACUCGAUCAGCUAUUUGAACUACGGCGCGAGAGUACUGACACUGACGUCACGAUCAGUCAACCAAUCAGAGCACGAUACCCCAAGUGACACAACCUACUGUAGGACCUUGGAAUGUCUCCUCUUCAAGUUUGCAGUUACCUCUUUCAGUUGUCUUGAUGCAGUAACUAGUAAACUGAUGUGCAUUUCAUAAUGUUUUUGUGUUCAUACAUUCCAAAACAUAUUACUGAGAUUUAUGUACAUGUUCUAUAAGCAGUUGGACCCUCAAUAAACGGUCAUAUUUGUUUA